AUGAAAGAUCUCAACUAUGCACGGUAUCUCCGAUCAGUGUACCCAGGAACCACAUGGGAAACCACGCGCCUCACCGGGGGUGUCGUCAACUCGACACACCGCGCGGCCAAGCUCUCUGGUAGCGCCGGCCCUGCAAGGCUCGUUCUCAAGCACGCCCGUCCAUAUGUUGAAAGCGUCGGCCCAGAGCUUCCAUUCUCUACCGAGCGACAGGCUGUCGAAGCAGCCAUCCUGAAACUCUGGGAAAACGGUGGCCUCUUAUUCAACUCCCGGCAGACAGUACCAGCAUGGAACACGCCGCAUCUCAUCCGCCACGAUUACGGCAAGGAGUCUACUCUGGAGAUUAGUGACUCUGACCAAGACGCGUCUGUCCUGCUGCUCUCCGACCUGGGGCGUCUCGUUAAUAUUGUCGAGUUUAUCAAAGCCGCGGCUAAAGACUCCAGCAUUGCAACUACUGAGCAAAUAUCCAAACUCGGACAUGACACCGGCUCCAUCAUGGCUCUCAUCCACAGCCCAGGAACGGUGCAGAGAAUACAAUCCGAGCCUCAGACAUACGAGAAGCUGUCCAAAUCCGUAUCCGAGAGCAUUGUCUGGCAAUUUGCUGUCCUCCCCAUUAAAGAACGCAUUCAAGAUUAUCCCAACGCGCAAAGGCUUUACGAUGCGACAGUCGAUGAAUACAACAAUCCCAGGUACAACUACCGGCCUGCGCUCAGCUUUGGCGAUUUCCAUCCCGGCUCGAUACUGCUGUCUGAUCCGGCUACGAGAGUAGACCUGACACCAGCGCUGGUGGACUGGGAAUUUGGUCGCGCCAACGGCCGUGGCGUCAAUGGCGACAUUGCGCAAUUCCUCUCCAGCAUGCGUUGCGAAAUGAUUGAAGCCAGAGAUAAUCCCGUACUGCACAAUCUAUUGCUGCUGUAUGUCACACGCUUUUGUUCCGCCUACCGAGACGCCGCCCAGCUUCGAGUCAAGAAAGAUGCCCAAGACAGCAACUUGCAACACCUUCGCUCCGCAUUCUCGCUGCACGGCCGCGAAGACAUCAACCUGGCUCAUGAUAUGUACCAAGCGAGUCCCAGGUGCAAGGAAAUGAUUGACACGGGCGUAUGGUAUCUCGAGAGAGCUGGCGACAGCGCAAAGCACUUUGUUUCGGAAGCCAAUUGGGAAGAACUAAAAAAGGAAAAGGACUGCCUACUCCAAUCAUUAUUUAUAAUUGAAUAA